AUGGCCUGCGCGGGACCCGAUAGGGACCUUCCAGGUGUAGUGGCUAUGGUCGUGGAUAAAAACGGCGACCAAGUAUUUGCCCACGCCGCUGGACAGCGCGGCCACGGCCAUGACCAUCUUGGGCCCAUGCAAAUUGACACUUUAUUCUGGAUCGCGUCCUGCACAAAGCUGAUCACUGGUAUCGCGUGUAUGCAGCUUGUCGAGCGGGGCGUGCUGACACUCGACGAUACCGAAAUCGUCCAACGCCACUGUCCAGAGCUUCGCCAUGUGCGUGUCCUUCAACCAGACGGUCGCUUGGUUGAGAAGCAGAGGGAUAUCACGUUGAGAAUGCUAUUGAGUCAUACAGCUGGGUUUGGAUACUCAUUCAUCGACGCCAAUCUGCGGGAUCACAACAGGCCAGCAGGGUAUAAUGAGUUCUCGGGACAAAAGAGGGUUUUCUCCAGCCGCUAAUCCAUCAGCCUGGGGAGGCCUGGGAGUAUGGGAUCAGUGUGGAUUGGGCCGGGUUCCUCCUCGAGCGAGUUACCGGUCAGACCUUGCACGAGUAUAUGCAACAGCACAUCUUCCAACCUCUCAGGUUAACUCAUAUUUCAAUGAUUCCCAAUGAAGCGAACCAGGCGAAAUUGGCCUGCAUGCAUCAGCGAGUCAGCAAUGGCCAGCUGUAUGUUCGGAAGGAGCACCCCCUUCAACGCUCACUCGCCAUCGGUCUAUAUCCCAAUGACAGCCCAUCAUCCUUUUGCUUCAGUGGCGGAGCGGGAUGUUUUUCAACGGCACAUGAUUACUAUCGAAUCUUAUCGACCCUCCUCAAUAACGGCACCUGUCCUCUAAUCGGAACACAGCUACUUUCCAGGGAGACUGUUGACGAGAUGUUCCGCAACCAGAUUCCUCAUCUGGCCCCGCUCAAUGGAAAGCAUAUGCCGGCUGCGAAGCCCGAGCUCACGACGGCUGCGACGGGGUUACAGCCAACAGUCGAUGGAAAUCGCCAGGGGUGGGGUCUGACUUUCCUCCUGAGUGGAGGUGAUACAGGUCGCUCGAUCGGGACAGCGCAGUGGACGGGACUGCCAAAUCUCCGAUGGUGGUGUGAUCGGGAGAAUGGGGUGGCCGGUAUUUUUUGCGCCCAGAUUCUACCGUUCGGCGAUCUGAAGGCUUUUUCUCUGGCAGAGGAAAUCGAGAGGCAGGUUUAUGCAGGGUUAAGCGAGGCUCAGCGGGGAAGACCUGGCUAG